ACUUCUCACAGCAAGCGGCACGGCGGCAUGCGUGAUAGGGCAACGGCUACGAUAUCACAGUGGGACGUAGUCCACGCUGUUAAAGGUUAAAGUGGUUGAAGCCUGGAGAGGAAGGCUCAUUUCGACCGUUCUGAAAAUUUUGCGCGGCUGAAUUCGUGCGAAUUGCUUUGCCCCGCCAAGUGGGAACAUGUCAGACUCAGAAGAUUCAGUAGACCCUGACGAAGAGCUGCAAGAAAGCCUUGCGAGGGGAGACCUCAAGCCCGGUUUGUACAGCGUCGUGCCGCACGUCAGACAAGAACACAUCAACAACACGGCUGCCCUGAAACAGAAGUUGGCCGAGAUGGAACUGGACCUCGAUUGGAUCGAGACCCUGGGCAUGGUGAACACCCUGGCACCCCUGACACCCGAGGUGAAGCAGCAAUACGGGGAGCUCCACCUCCAGAAGAACAAGAAGGGCAAGGUGGUGUCCGGGCCCGACGAGGACCCCGUGCACCACGACUUCAAGCGGGAGAUGACCUUCUACAGGCAAGCCCAGGCGGCCGUUCUGAGUGGGAUCCCGCGACUACACCAGUUGGGCGUCCCAACCAAGCGGCCGGACGACUACUUCGCGCAGAUGGCGAAGUCCGACGAUCACAUGACCAAGGUCAGGGAAAAGCUGCUGAGUAAAAAGACAGCGCUGGAGAGGUCCGAGAAGGCACGCAAGCUGCGGGAGCUGAAGAAGUUUGGCAAGAAGGUUCAAGUCGAAGUGCUGCAGAAGCGGCAGAAGGAGAAACGAGAGAUGAUGGACAACCUCAAGAAGUUCAAGAAAGGACAAGGAUCUUUGGACUUCCUGGAGAACACGGGACGGAAAGGGGGACCUCAACGUGGGAAAGGGGGGACGGCACCUGUUCCUGGGCAGAGUCGCAAGUCCCUCACAAAGUCACAGCUGAAGAAGCAGUACAAGGACAAGAAGUAUGGCUACGGAGGUCAGCGGAAGCGGUCCAAGUUUAACACGGCCAGCAGCUCCGCAGACAUGGGCGGUUUCAGCCGCAAGAAGCACAACACCGCUCCCGGCAAGAAGAACCAGAGGCCGGGAAAGGCCAGGAGACAGAACAUGAAGAACAGACAGCGGCAUAAGUGAAGAAGAGUCGUGGGGAAGGUACGCUAAGGUGGGAGCAUAGUUUUUGCAAUAAAUUUCACCUGCAUCACA